AUGGACGACCGGCGCGGGCGCGGCGACGCCAUGCGCCAGCGGCCGUUCGCGCACGCUGCCGAUCAGGGACAGGAGAGGGUGUUCGACGGCGGAGGCGGCGGGCCGGCGUUUGGCAGUGACUUCGAUCAGAGGUCGUCGUCCCUCAUGGCGCUUCUUGGCGCCGGCGGCGUCAGCUCGUCCCAGCCACCGAUGCCGGCAUGGGGCGUCGAGGAGGUGACCUCGGCGCCUGCCAUUAACCUGGUGCCUCAGUCGUUCGCCAUGCAAUACCUCAAGUUCACAAAAAAGAUUGCGUCUUCCUACUGGAUGCAGACGAGCUACGCGCCGCCUGCGCCGUCGUACCAGCAGCCCACCACGUUCGCCCCAUCGCCGCUCGGCGGCAGAAUGGAUCCCUACCCGCCGCCGUACCUGCUCGCGGACCCGCCGCCGCAGUGGCCCCCUCCGCGAUCGACGGCGGCGGCUGCGUCGUCCUCCUUUCCGCCGCAAAAUUUCGCCGUCCUCCUCCCCAGAUACGACCAGGACAUGCAGCUCUUCGGCGUCGGCAGCUCGCAGCAGCACGGGCUGCCGCUUCCGCCGCCGCCGCCGCCGGCCAUCGAGCAGCCGGCGAAGGACGGGUACAGCUGGCGCAAGUACGGGCAGAAGCAGCUCAAGGACGCCGAGUCGCCGCGGAGCUACUACAAGUGCACCCGCGACGGGUGCCCCGUGAAGAAGGUCGUGGAGCGCUCCUUCGACGGCUUCAUCACGGAGAUCACCUACAAGGGCCGCCACAACCACCCGCGCCCCCAGGAGCGUGGCCACGCCGGCGCCGGGAACGACGCCCUCGCCGCCGCCGAGGCCGCGGAGGACAUGGAAGGCCCGAGCGACGACGACGACGACGACGCGUUGCUCGAGGAUGACGUCGACGGGGCUCCUGACAUCAGGGGCGCCGGCGGUGAGGCCGGGCAGAGGGUGGUGAAGAAGCCCAAGAUCAUUAUCCAGACCCCGAGCGAGGUGGAUCUCCUCGACGACGGCUACCGGUGGCGCAAGUACGGCCAGAAGGUGGUCAAGGGCAACCCCCGGCCGAGGAGCUACUACAAGUGCACGGCGGACAACUGCAACGUGCGGAAGCAGAUCGAGAGGGCGUCCACCGACCCCAGGUGCGUCCUCACGACGUACACCGGCCGCCACAACCACGACCCGCCGGGCCGGGGCAACGAGGCCCCGGCGGCGGCGGCGGCGGCGGGUGGCUCUCCCGCUGGCCAACCGACGCCGCCGGCCGGGGGGAGUGGAUCGUUUCAGCAGACCGGCGGCGCUCGGCAGCUGAAGGAGGAGAGAUAG